AUGUCAGGAGUUGAAGUCGCGCUUCCCAUCUUCCCGGAGGUUUUGGGGUUGACCAAAGCUCUGGUAGACAUUGGAAUCUCUGCUAGCGACUUGAAGCAAGAUGCCCAGGCGUGCGCAAGACUGGUUGAGCAAACCAAGCACGACCUUCAGUAUGCCAAGAAGCUGAGAAUUUGUCUGUUCGCUUUGGCCUCUGAGCACGAUGACACUCUGGCCUGGAUCAACGGCACAAUCGACAGAACGGAAGCGGCCCUGAAGGAAUACGCCAAGAAUGUACCCAAGGAACACGUCGAAAAGGCAACUCUGCGCGCCCUCGUACAAAAGCUGCAAGAUCAGAAGAAAUGGGAGGAGUGGGGCAAGACUCUUGGAGCCAGCCAUUCAUCUCUCGUCGCCGCAAUCAAUAUUAUGCAUCAAAUUCAUCCGAGAAACGCGGCUGAGGUGGCCAAGGAAAAGAAGGACCCAACACGGGCUUGCAGCAUGCCUCCUCGAAGCUUCAAGCCCAAGGCAAAGGAGCUCCCGUGA